UCUUUCCACUGUGAAUCAAGCGACACAAACCUGUUACCUCUCUCUCUCUCUCUCCACCCACCGCGCCCUAGAAACUCAACAAUGGCUUACGACUACCACCCAUCAAGAGUUCCCAUGGAACUCAAAGUGACCAUCUCCUCCGCCAAAGACCUCAAAAAUGUCAACUGGCGUCACGGUCCUCUCAAGCCCUACGCCGUCGUCUGGGUCGACCCCAAAACCAAGCUCUCCACCCCAGUCGACCACGAUGGUGAUACUUGUCCCAAUUGGAACGAAACACUUGUCGUCCCUCUCACCGUCCCGAUCGACGAAGCUACCCUCUACAUCGACAUCGUCCAAGCCGACGCCGCCGAAGACACCAAACCCUUAAUCGGUUCCGUUCGGGUCCCACUCAGGGAAAUCGUAGAUGAGGUCGGCGUUGGCGAAUCUGCUUUUCGUUCUCUCCAGCUCCGGCGACCCUCUGGACGCCCCCAAGGCAAGUUAGAGACUAAAAUCGUGGUCGUCGAUACUCGCUAUCGUGCACCGGAUCCAUACUACGCACCCUCUUAUGGUGUUCCGCCUCCACCCGGUUCCGCUUCUUCCCGGGACUACGGUUAUCCUUAUGCCACUCCAUCUCCUUAUGCGGCGGCGCCACCACCACCGGGAGAAUAUACUCCGGCGUAUGGUCAGCAGCCGGCGUACGGACAGCCACCGGUGUAUGGAUAUGGCGGCGGAGCUGUGGAGGAGAAGAAGAAGAGUAAGUUUGGUGGGAUGGGAACGGGAUUGGCCGUGGGUGCGGUCGGAGGAGUGUUGGGUGGAUUAGCAUUGGCAGAAGGAGCAGAGUAUGUGGAGGAUAAGAUCGCUGAUGACGCGGCUGAGAAGGUGGAGGAUGAUUUAGGCUAUGAUAAUGAUUUUCGUGGCGGGGACGAUGAUGAUGAUGAUGGUGGGUUUGGGGGUGAUGACUUCUAAAAUGCGCUGAGUGUGUUGUUCUUCGUUUUUUUUUUUUUUUUUUUUUUUUUUAAUUUAAAUAACCUGGGUUGUUCAGUUGUUGACAUGUUUGAUUUCUGGGUAGGAAGGAUGAAUAAUCUGUCCUGCCAUAAAAGAUAGUAUUAGAAUUCGAUUGUGAUCGAAGAGUUCUUGUUCGGUGGAAUAUGCGGAUAUGCUUUGGUUC